CAAGCGGUUGUUCGGUGUCGCACACGGACUCCGUCACUGACGCCGCGCGGCUGGAGUUCACGCGCAGGAUAAUCACCGGCACCGGCAUGGCAAACGGCUGGGGUCAACUUUUCUGCUCUAUCUUCGACUACAAGACGGAAAAAUUCUUUGUCGCGAGAAAUAAUAAGAUCGGAGUGUUGUUCAGACUCUUUCAGCUCGCAGUGAUCGGAUACUUAAUCGGAUGGGUCUUCAUAUGGAAGAAAGGCUACCAGGAGAAAGAAGAAGCAAUUCAGAGCUCAGUGUUCACGAAGCUUAAAGGCAUUGCUCUUAUUAACACCACAGACCUCGGGCUCAAUUUAUGGGGUGCCGAAGAUUAUGUAAUUCCUUCUCAGGGGGAUAAUGUCUUAUUUAUUGUAACAAAUUACCUUGAGACUCCAAACCAACGGCUGGGCUCCUGUGCCGAGAGUCCACGGGUCCUUGAUGGUGUGUGUUCUUAUGAUGACAAUUGCACAGAGGGAGAUCCUGUUAGAGCAGGUCAUGAACUUGGGUUGAACUCAGGGUUAAAGACGGGACGCUGUUUGAAUGAGUCGGGCACGUGUGAAAUACAUGGCUGGUGUCCGGUUGAGCGCAGUUACACACCAAAGGAGCCGUUGCUGGGAAAAGCCGAAAACUUCAGCAUCUACAUCAGGAACUUCAUCAGGUUUCCGAAGUUUGAUUUCUCCAAAGCCAACGUUCUCACCUCCACCAACCACACAUAUCUGAAGUCCUGCUACUAUGACAAAGUCCACCAUCCAUAUUGCCCCAUCUUCCGCUUGGGAGAUAUGGUCAACUGGACUGGUAACAGCUUUCAAGAAAUGGCUGUGAAGGGUGGAUCUAUCGGAGUGGGAAUUGAAUGGAAUUGUAAUUUAGAUAAAGACACCUCUUACUGCAACCCUGAGUACAGGUUCACUCGUCUGGACAACUCAAAUGGCUCAAACAUCUCUGGAUACAACUUCAGAUUUGCUCGCUAUUACAGAGAUCCAGAUGGAAAGACGUAUCGCUCACUGUUUAAAGUGUUUGGCAUUCGAUUCGAUAUCAUGGUUAAUGGGGAGGCUGGGAAAUUCAGUAUUGUGCCCACAGCGGUGAACAUUGGCUCCGGAGUUGCUUUAAUGGGUAUUGGAGUGUUCUGUUGUGACAUGAUCCUCAUCUAUGUGAUGACUGGGAGCUCGUUCUAUAGGAAGAGGAAGUUUGAGUCCGUUGCAGCAAAGCCCGAUCUACGGUCCAGAGACAAGACGCGGAAAAGACACCAUCGGCACGGCCACGAUAGACACAAGAAAGAAGAUAACCCAGACGUGGAGAACCAACUUCUGUCUUCCUCGCCGACUCGCAGUCCGAGAAAACACAAACAUCGCAAUCAUGAACAGAAGCAGGUUAAAGAUGCAACAUCCAAAUCUCACCUUAGCCCUGAAAGAAAGGAUGCGGCUCAGGCUUCCUCAUCCAGGGCGCCAUGCAGUCCAAAGAAAUAAAGCAGCAGAUGAAGAAAUGAAAAUUGUUUAAGGAGGGAACUCCUGUAUACUGUGAAAGAAGUGAAGAAAUGAAGGAGAGGACAAUGAGAUGCUGCUCCAAAGUUGAACAAUUUUGUGUUGUAGCUGUGGAAUCAAACAUGAACUUGAUAAUAGUUUUAUGUUUAAAUUGCCUUUUUUUUAACAUGGCUUACGUUAUUCCUCACUCGCAAGGAAUAAAUUCUCCAGAACUCAAAAGAAUAUAAAGAUGCUUGAAAUGUUAUACAUAAAGGAUUGAUUCAAGAUCUGCAACUCUCUACAGUUUUUUAUACAUUAUAAGAAGUCUGUCCACAGAAAGUGUCAUUUUGAAGGGGAAAAAAAUCCCCUGUUCUAAUUAAGAAACAUUUCACGUUUGGAAAAAAAAGUGUUUUAAAUGAAUUUACUCUGUGUUUAAGGUCAAACAUUGGAUAAAUGCAUGAUUCUUUCUGGCAUGUUUUUUUUUUCCUGUGCCAAUUAAUCUAGAGUUGGCUGGUUUGAACAGUAUUUCUUUUAAUGCCUGAAACUGUGUGAAAUGGAGGUCACAUUAAUUGCUAUAUUACUUUGUAAUAUUUGUAACUGUUUUUUUUACACAUACCUCACUUACAAUUUAAAUAUUAUUCUUUUAAAAGUGAUAUGUGCAUGGUUAAUAAUCUAAAGGGAAUUAAAGAGAUAAAUAAACAACUAUCGCUGUAA